GUGUCAAGCCUCUCCAGGUAUAUAGAUCUGUACAUAAUCUUGGAAAAAGCACUGUACGACCACCUGGGUGGCGACAAACGUGUUGUGACCCAGAAGAUACUUCAGAUCAUUGGCUACCUCAGCAGCCGCGAGGACGCCGGCGUCGUGGCCGUGGUAGGAGCGCGGGCGCGCGGGCGGCCGGGGCGCCCGCCGGGCCGCGCCGCUGACGCCCUCGCGGCACCGCAGUUCCAAAAGGGAGUCAAUCUGGAGUCGUUCGCCAUCGUGCUGGCGCAGCUGCUGGGGCUCAGCCUGGGGAUGAACUACGACGGGGCCAGGCGCUGCCGCUGCCCCAGCGCCGUGUGCGUCAUGGACACGGAGGCGCUGCGCUACAGCGGCGUGAAAACCUUCAGCAGCUGCAGCCUCGCCGACCUGGAGAGCUUCCUCAGGCGGCACCAGGACUGCCCCUUCAUCCGCUCGCCCCUGCGAGGGCCGACCUACAGGAAAACGGCCGUGUGCGGCAACGGCGUGCUGGAGCACGGCGAGCAGUGCGACUGCGGCUCCGUGGAGGCGUGCUCCAAAGACAAAUGCUGUACUCCCCAGUGUAAAUUCAAGCCAGGGAUGAAGUGUUCCUCGGGGUUAUGCUGUGAAAAUUGUCAGUUCAAGCAGAAGAACAGCAAGUGCCGGGCGCUGUCGGACGCGCAGUGCGACCUGCCCGAGUUCUGCAACGGCUCCUCGGCCGCCUGCCCCGCCGACCUCUACAUCCAGGAUGGCUACGAGUGCGAGCGCGGCACGGGCUACUGCUACAAGGGCCGCUGCCAGUCGCCCGACCUGCAGUGCCAGCGGCUCUACGGGAGAGGUGCAAAAAACGCUCCUCUGGCGUGUUACGAAGAGGUCAACAGUCAACAGGACAGAUUCGGGCACUGCGGCAAUCACCCAACGGAGGGGUAUCAGGCCUGCGCUUGGCUGAAUCUGGGAUGUGGGAAGCUAAUAUGUGCCUAUCCGAACCGUAUUCCCUUCACACAAAUCAAAGGGGCUGUGAUUUACGCUCAAGUGCAAGAACAUCUGUGUGUGUCUUUCGAUUACAUGCGCGGACCCACGGUGCCAGAUCCCCUCUUGGUUAAAGAAGGCACCAAAUGCGGGCCCGAGAAGGUCUGUAUGAAUGGCACUUGCUCCCCGCAUUCAGUCCUGAAGUAUGACUGCAACCCACAGAAAAAGUGCCACGGACAUGGGGUGUGCAAUAACAGGAAGAUGUGCCAUUGCUUUCCGGGCUGGAAGCCCCCAAACUGCAAGGUUCAAGGGUCUCCGUCGAGCGGCAGCGUCAGCAGCAGGUCGCGGGGGCUGGACACGGGCUCCUCCAAGGACACAUUGAAGACGUGGCUGCUUCUCGGCUUCUGCCUCUUCCUCCCCGUUGUUGUYGGCGGCACCGUCCUGGCGAUGAGGUGGAAGCAGCUGAGCAGCUUCUGCGCCAGGCAGACAUCCCAGUUUGACGGGUCCGAGGUCGUCAGUCUGUCCAGCUACGGGAGGUGA